ACUGCGGGGAAGCCCCGCCCCUUCCGGCGGCCAUGGCCCUGCAGAGGGCGCUGCGGGCGGCGCUGCGGCCGCGGCGCGGGGGGCUCGGGCCUCGGGGCCGCUUUCCGCCUUCGUGCCCUGUGAUCGGCCCCCCCGGGGAGCGCAGCGGCAGAAUGGGCAACAGUCUGCCUGCUUCUGUGGGACUGUCUGAUGCUGCUGCCGUGAAUCACAUACAGGAGAUUAUUUCCAACAACUGCGUGGUGAUUUUCUCUAAAACAACAUGUGUCUACUGCAAAAUGGCAAAAAAACUUUUUGAGGAUAUGAAUGUAAAUUACACAGCUAUAGAACUGGACACAAAUACAAAUGGAAGUCAGUUCCAAGACAUUCUGGAACAGAUGACUGGUGGCAGAACGGUCCCAAGAGUGUUUGUCAAUGGGACUUUUGUUGGAGGUGCUACAGAUACUCGAAAGCUCCAUGAGGAAGGCAAACUGCUUCCAUUAGUUCAUCAAUGUCAAGAUAAAAGAAAAUCCCAGACAACCAUCUAGCUCAGCUUCCUUUGUGUAUUUCAGACAAGCUGAAAGAUAAGAAAGACACUGCAUCAGCUGGACUAAACAACUUCAAGUGAGGGGUUUCUGAAUCAUAGAUCAUUGUCUGACACAGAUUUUAUAGACUUUGCAAAUACUUGGUGUCCUUCCCUUAGCUUUACCCCAGCCAAAAUGGUCAUAAACAAACAUUCUGUAACUCUUGAGGCUCUAAGUGUGACAUGGUGAUGUAAUUUUAUUGCUGUUACAUUCUAAUGCUAUGGAGAAAUGCAGAUUUUACAAAAAGAAUCCAGUAAAUUUUUUUGCUGCAAAUUAGUUUGCUUUCUAGCUUUGUUCCAAGUGUUACAAUAAAUGGUUUAAUUUAAUUAUUUAAACUUA